AAUUUCUUUUCAAUAUGAGCUUAUUCCCAAAUUGGCUGAUGGGUAUUUUUAAAGCCAUGCUAAAUUAAAGGAAUCCAAUUUUCUCACUAGUAUUUGGUAACACAUGGGUUCAGGGAGACUAUGUGUCAUAUCCAGAAGAGUUCUGUACAUGAACUGCAUUUAAUUGCUCCGAGAGUCACUGGAGCUUUCUUUAAUCAGAAUGGAAAUCAGGAUAAGCUGAGGUCUUAUAGAUUGGUGGUACUUAAGGCAGAAAAUUAACACCGUGUCUUGUAGCUGUUAGUUGGUAGAGGGAAAUUCAGGCUACCGUCGCGAAACCUGCAGGUUAAGUUAUUCUCUCCUCCCUGCUUCUGUAGAUUCCCAGUGUUCCCUUCUGAUAGAGCUUUUUGUCUGUGUUGUAAAGCUCUUUGGCUGAGAUGGAUGACAAAGAUAUUGACAAAGAACUAAGGCAGAAAUUAAACUUUUCCUAUUGUGAGGAGACUGAGAUUGAAGGGCAGAAGAAAGCAGAAGAAAGCAGGGAAGCUUCAAGCCAAACCCCAGAGAAGGGUGAAGUGCAGGAUUCAGAGGCAAAGGGUACACCACCUCGGACUCCCCUUAGCAACGUGCAUGAGCUCGACACAUCUUUGGAAAAAGACAAAGAAAGUCCAGAUCAGAUUUUGAGGACUCCAGUGUCACACCCUCUCAAAUGUCCUGAGACACCAGCCCAACCAGACAGCAAGAGCAAGCUGCUGCCCAGUGACAGCCCCUCUACUCCCAAAAGCAUGCUGAGCCGGUUGGCGAUUUCUCCAACAGGGAAGCUUCCUUCCAGAGGCCCUAAGCAUUUGAAGCUCACACCUGCUCCCCUCAAGGAUGAGAUGACCUCAUUGGCUCUGGUCAAUAUUAAUCCCUUCACUCCAGAGUCCUAUAAAAAAUUAUUUCUUCAAUCUGGUGGCAAGAGGAAAAUGCGAGGAGAUCUUGAGGAAGCUGGUCCAGAGGAAGGCAAGGGAGGGCUGCCUGCCAAGAGAUGUGUUUUACGAGAAACCAACAUGGCUUCCCGCUAUGAAAAAGAAUUCUUGGAGGUCGAAAAAAUUGGGGUUGGCGAAUUUGGUACAGUCUACAAGUGCAUUAAGAGGCUGGAUGGAUGUGUUUAUGCAAUAAAGCGCUCUAUGAAAACUUUUACAGAAUUAUCAAAUAAGAAUUCGGCUUUGCAUGAAGUUUAUGCUCACGCGGUGCUUGGACAUCACCCCCAUGUGGUACGUUACUAUUCCUCAUGGGCAGAAGAUGACCACAUGAUCAUUCAGAAUGAAUACUGUGAUGGUGGGAGUUUGCAAGCUGCUAUAUCUGAAAACACUAAGUCUGGCAAUCAUUUUGAAGAGCCAAAACUCAAGGACAUCCUUCUACAGAUUUCCCUUGGCCUUAAUUACAUCCACAACUCUAGCAUGGUACACCUGGACAUCAAACCUAGUAAUAUCUUCAUUUGUCACAAGAUGCAAAGUGAAUCCUCUGGAGUCAUAGAAGAAGUUGAAAAUGAAGCUGAUUGGUUUCUCUCUGCCAAUGUGAUAUAUAAAAUUGGUGACCUGGGCCAUGCAACAUCAAUAAACAAACCCAAAGUAGAAGAAGGAGAUAGUCGCUUCCUGGCUAAUGAGAUUUUGCAAGAGGAUUACCGGCACCUUCCCAAAGCAGACAUAUUUGCCUUGGGAUUAACAAUUGCAGUGGCUGCAGGAGCAGAGUCAUUGCCCACCAAUGGUGCUGCAUGGCACCAUAUCCGCAAGGGUAACUUUCCGGACGUUCCUCAGGAGCUCUCAGAAAGCUUUUCCAGUCUGCUCAAGAACAUGAUCCACCCUGAUGCUGAACAGAGACCUUCUGCAGCAGCUCUGGCCAGAAAUAGAGUUCUUCGGCCUUCCCUGGGAAAAACAGAAGAGCUCCAGCAGCAGCUGAAUUUGGAAAAGUUCAAGACUGCCACACUGGAAAGGGAACUGAGAGAAGCCCAGCAGGCCCAGUCACCCCAGGGAGAUACCCAUCAUGGUGACACUGGGGUCUCUGGGACCCACACAGGAUCAAGAAGCACAAAACGCCUGGUGGGAGGAAAGAGUGCAAGGUCUUCAAGCUUCACCUCAGGAGAGCGUGAGCCUCUGCAUUGAAGGAAGAAAAGGAAACAGCCCUUGGUUUGGCCUAUGGAUUACGAGGUUGCUGUUGCCGAUUCCCCACCAAGGAUCCCAGGGACUCAUUGUACAUAGAAAGGAAUAGAAUUUAGUUUAGAGUUGAAGUCACAGCUUACAGAAAAUGUGCCUGGAUUUCCACAGUGCUUCCCAGGUUAUAUGAUGCUGUUCCUAAGAGAGAAUUCCCAGCUUCUUUAAGGAAGUGGGUCUCCUAAUGUAUACCCUUUCUGAUAGUGUAUUUAUUAAAUAAAUGGUUUCACCAUUAUGUGAGGUGGGUAAAAGUUAGACUGUAUGCAACUUGGACAUCUCUAAGCUGGUUGUUAACUUGCAGAACAAAAAUGCUGUGGGGAGAGGCUUCAGGGAAAACUUGAUGUGCCUGUGGUUGUUCUCAAUCUAUUUGCCCUGCCUCUCUUCUGGCUGUUCUGGUUGGUUUGAUAUUCUGGGUCUCACCAAUUUCUCUUGAUUUUUGUGAGAAUUUGGCUUUGUUUCCUGUUUUUUAAAAUCAUAUUUUAUCUAAAUCCUUUUUCUGGACACAUUUUUAAAGGAAGAGAAUACUGUAUUUUUAAAUAAAGGUUUUUAUCUUGUCCAAAGCCUAAUUACAGGUAAAAUAUCCUUUGUAAAAUGUAACUAACAAAGAAUGGGAAAUUUAUGUUGGAGAACAUUUUAUGAAUAAAAGGGUAAGAGAAUUCAGUGGGUUAGUAGUAACAGGUCUUGGUGGCAAGUCUCAGCUUCACAGAUCCAACAGUUAAUAAUGGUCAGGAUCUGCUAGAAAAUUAUGUUGGUCAUAAAGGUAUUUGAUAAGCUCUGUUUGUGUCAUCUUAGUGAAUGCAACCUGUUAAUGAUAAUGGCUUUUUUGCUGCUUGAUUUUCUUCCUUUCCCCUCAUUUUUAAAAGCUAAUUAAGUUUUUUUAAUUGAAUAAACCCUAAUACUAUUCUUU